CGCACAAACAGACACAAACACAGACACAAACAUAUACACACACACACCCCAGACGGUUCGCGAUGUCCCGUUGGGCGCUGCCCUGCGCGUUGCUGCUAGUCCUCAUUGAGGCCAGCCGGCCUGCCGCGCCGCCAAACGGGCUGGAGAAAGUCCUGGAGGAUUUCCACGGGCGGAAUCUGGUGCAGGCGGCCUUCCGUGGGGAGGCCGUCCGGGAAUUGGUGGAGGAGUUAUUGAUGGGCACCUACAUCGAGUUGGAAGUCGACCUUGUCCAAACGGUUUGCAGGAAACAUCAAUGGAGGAGUCAGAAUUGCCAGAUCAAAGCCGGUGGCGUAAGUACACAAACACGGACAAACACACACACAAAAGUACACACAAAAACACACAAAGGUUACGGACUUUGUCCCCUUUCCUGGAACCAAAUCUUGCAUAACACAACAAGUGACAAAGCCAUCCUUUCGCAAGCCAAACCUCAAAAAAGAUACCCAGGAAACUCUCCUGGAAAAGGGACCUCAGAGGUCAUCUAGUCCAACCUGCUGCUUGAGCAGGGGACCCUGGACUGUUCAGAACCGAGGGUUGUCCAGUCUCUUCUUCAAAACCUCCAGCGAUGGAGCAGCCCGACUUCUGGUGGCGGGCAGUUCCGCUGGUGAAUUGUUCUUCUCAUAGAACGGUCUGGUUUGAACCAUUUUGAGGCAGAAUGGAUGCAUUUUUCUU